AUGCUAAGGGAAGACAGAGGCGCUAACGAAGACAUCGUACCAGGCAGGCACGGUAAAACACCAGUGGCGUGGGAGAAGGUGGCAAGUGGCAUCAAUGCAGCUUUGCCAGCGUGUACAGCAGACGGCAAAGUAUGUCGAAGACCGUUUGGUGCUCUACAUGACGCCUUUCGUCGCGAAGAGAAGGAAUCUCUUCGAGCUUCGGGGACUUCGGAGGAGUACACAGAACGCGAGCAGCUGCUGACGGAUCGGACAGAGCUGGAGAAAGCAGACAAAACCGAAAAGGAAAAGCGUGAUGCAGAGGCUCGUGAGGCGGCAACCGCCGAAGUAGUUAGAGAUGCUUUAGUGGGAUUACGUCGUACUCGCUCAAGUAGCCCAGAAUAUGAGCAACAGACAACAACACCGCCUUCAAAACGAUCCAAGCAAUCUCACACCGAGCGCAGUUCCGACUAUCUUGAAGGAAAGGCUGCUGAGCGAAAAGCUCGAGUAGAAGGAAGGCAACAGCAGCAUGCUCUUGAAGAACGCUGCCUUGAUAUUGAAGAACGCAGACUGAACCAUGAGCGCGAACGGAACAAGCAAGAACGAGACCGCAACGACAAAUUCAUGGCAAUGAUGUCGUCGAAGAUGCACAUGAUGGCAAAGCUAAUUGGAAACGAUAGCACACGGAAAAUAAUUGAGUGA